GGCCGGGCCGGCUGCGGGAGGGCGGCGCGGCGGGGCCUGAGCUCGGCCCCGGCUUUCUGCGGGCCGCGGCGGGCCCCGCCUCGCUGCCCCGCCGCCGGCAGCCCCUGCGAGGGGCCGCCGCCGUCCGCGGGUUCUCCGAGUCCUUGGGGAGCCGGUUAGAACCUCGGUAACCUCGCCGGGCGGGGAACGUCGGCGUGGAUGUGGCUGUUAACGUGGGUUUUCCCGUGAGGAUUUGCAGGCGCGGAAGCGGAGCGGGUGCGGGCGGCGCAGAAUUGAAAGGACCUGAGAAAAUUUUCCCGUAGAUGACAAGCUCUUGGAAAGUUGACCACUUCUAAAGUGUUUUCACUAGCUAUUGAGAACCAUGUCUGACAACGGAGAACUGGAAGACAAACCACCAGCUCCUCCUGUCCGGAUGAGCAGUACUAUCUUCAGUUCAGGGGGCAAAGACCAGUUGUCUGCCAACCACAGCUUGAAACCCCUGCCCUCUGUACCAGAAGAGAGAAAACCUAGAAAUAAAAUCAUCUCCAUAUUCUCUAGCACUGAAAAAGGAAGCAAGAAGAAGGAAAAGGAAAGGCCAGAAAUCUCCCCACCGUCAGAUUUUGAGCACACCAUCCAUGUUGGCUUUGAUGCUGUUACUGGAGAGUUCACUGGAAUGCCAGAGCAAUGGGCUCGGUUGCUUCAGACCUCAAAUAUCACGAAGCUAGAACAGAAGAAAAACCCCCAGGCAGUACUAGAUGUGCUGAAAUUCUAUGACUCCAAAGACACAGCAAAACAGAAGUAUCUGAGUUUUUCUGCUCCAGAAAAAGAUGGUUUCCCGUCAGGAACACCAACGACCAAUGCCAAAGGUUCAGAACCAUCAACAGCUGUGGCAGAUGAUGAUGAGGAUGAUGAAGAAGCUCCUCCUCCUGUUAUUGCUCCACGACCAGAUCACACAAAAUCGAUUUAUACACGGUCUGUAAUUGACCCCAUCCCUGCACAAGCCAGUGACACUUCUGUUGACAGUGCGACAAAAUCAGGUGAUAAGCAGAAAAAGAAGACCAAAAUGUCGGAUGAAGAGAUCAUGGAAAAACUGCGCACUAUUGUAAGCAUAGGAGAUCCCAAGAAAAAAUACAACAGAUAUGAAAAAAUUGGGCAGGGGGCUUCAGGUACAGUUUUCACAGCUAUUGAUGUGGCAACCGGGCAGGAGGUUGCUAUUAAACAGAUAAACCUGCAGAAACAGCCCAAGAAGGAGUUGAUUAUUAAUGAGAUCUUGGUAAUGAAGGAGCUAAAGAACCCCAACAUAGUCAACUUCCUGGACAGUUACCUCGUAGGAGAUGAGUUGUUUGUGGUGAUGGAGUAUCUAGCUGGAGGCUCUCUAACAGAUGUGGUCACAGAAACGUGUAUGGAUGAAGCACAGAUUGCUGCUGUUUGCAGAGAGUGCUUGCAAGCACUUGAGUUCCUACAUGCCAACCAGGUCAUCCACCGAGACAUUAAGAGUGACAAUGUGCUGUUAGGAAUGGAUGGAUCCGUUAAACUAACCGACUUUGGUUUCUGUGCUCAGAUCACCCCAGAGCAGAGCAAGCGCAGCACUAUGGUUGGAACUCCCUACUGGAUGGCCCCCGAGGUGGUCACACGGAAAGCGUACGGCCCUAAAGUGGAUAUCUGGUCACUGGGCAUCAUGGCCAUCGAGAUGGUGGAAGGAGAACCCCCGUACCUCAACGAAAACCCCCUGAGGGCUUUAUAUUUGAUAGCAACUAAUGGCACACCAGAGCUACAGAACCCUGAGAAACUGUCCCCAAUAUUCCGGGAUUUCUUGAACCGAUGUUUGGAGAUGGAUGUAGAGAAAAGAGGAUCAGCCAAAGAACUGCUACAGCAUCCCUUCUUGAAACUGGCCAAACCUCUGUCUAGCUUGACACCACUGAUCUUGGCAGCCAAAGAAGCAAUGAAGAGUAACCGCUAACAUUACUGCCACAGCCUUCAUCCUUUUUUUGUUUGUUUGUAUUUUACAAAUCUUUAUAAUAUAUGACAUUGUUACACCUCGGGGGGGUGGGAAGGGAUUUUGGUGGGGGGGAAACGUCUGCAAAAGGGAAGAAACUGUCAUCCAGAAGACACCCAAAAUGAAUUGUGGUGACUCUAGUGAUCCCUGUCUGGGGUCCAGAAGGAACUGAGGACAUUUUUUUUUUUUUUUUCCUUUUUUUUCCACACAGCCCAGAAAUGCCACUUACUGUGCCCAGGGUUUUAAGGGUUUUUAAUGACUUCACUGUAACAACUCCCAUUCAUUGUACCCUUCUGGGUACUUUCAAUACUUGAAUGACAGAUUCAAGCUUUCAGAGAGCAGUACUAAUUUUGCCUGCUGGUCUCUUUCACUCUCCUCUUCCUCCCCUUUACCUGUCUAGUUUCAAAUCACUCUAGUAAGCUCCCAUAUGACUAGAUUCACGGCAAGUGUGACAAUGUGAAGGUACAUCUUGCCCCUCAUUUCCUUUACAGAUUAGCUGUCACUGUACUGUAGAAUUGAUAACCCGGCUACUUAAGAAAUCGUAACGUGUUGAGAUGUUUUUCACUUUUUAAGAUGAAUAUGGAGAGGGGGGAAGAGUAGUAUUCAGCUGUUUCUCAUAUGCCUGUGUUCUGGGGACUUUUAAUCAAAGGUGUGGCCUCUUUGUGGAAACUUAAUGAUGGAUCGAGUCUUUGGAUGUUGGUUUAUCGAUAUGUAGGUAGGGGUCAGAUACUUUAUUUAUGAUCAAAUGAUCAGCUAUAGUCAGGGCAAGAAAAAAUUCCAGCUGUCUUCCUGUCUGCUCUGUAUUUUUUCCCUGUUAGACUUGCUGGCCAGAAGCUUGAGGGAUAACGUGCUUGGUGCGGUGGGUGGUUCAAAAACAUGUAUUGUAUCUGUGCUCUGAUUUGGGCUUUGGAAGUUAUGCUGGUGCCUUUGACUUUUUUAUUUUACAUUUCCCUUCUUUGUAUCAAAUACAUUUUUGUAUAUGUUGUAUUUUUUUCCCCAAGCAAAUAAUGCAUCAACCUAUGGAGUUGUCAGUUUAAGUAUCAGAGCUAUUUUUUCCAGUUUUGUAUGUGCUCCGUUUGUACUAAUGAAAUCAGAAGAACGAAUAAUCGGAUCUGAGGACACUGAAGAUACAUGAGUUUUUAAAUAUGAUUCAAAAAGAAGAUUAUGAACACCUGGAAAUGCCAGAGCGCUGUUCUGAGAAGACGAAAGCUGAGGGGGGAGAACAGCGCUGUCAGACAUUCAUGGGGCUUAUUUGACUGGCUCAUUCAAGGUUGAGGAGACAUGAUGUGUCACGCUGAUCCUUUCUCACUAAAGACAUUGUACCAACUAGAAUGGCUGAAGUCAAACAUGCAAUGCAAGAAAAAGUGCCUCCCUCUGAAGGACAGUGAGCAACUUGAGCAGUUGAGUUCUUGGGGUGUUACCAGGGGCAAGUGUAGAAGAGCCUGUGCUGCGGCUUCUUCUAGUGCUACAGUCUGUGCAUUUCAACUUCCCCAACAGUUUAACGAAGAGCCAACUGUGGUGACAAUGUGCCAAAUGAUUCUGUGAAAGAACAACUGUUACUUUAGUGGGAUUUUACCGCGUUCCCAGUGGGGCAGGACCUGGGACAGGUAGGGUUAUGGCUGCAUAUGGACAGAGGACCCUGAAUAAAAUUUUUUUUUGCACACUUUUACAAACGUUGCUGGCAGAAGAUAGAAGACAUUUUCAGAUAAUUUCAGUAUUUGUAUAGUGAUAGAGGUAACUAUGUUUUGGAGACGACUGGUAGCCAAGGUAUGACAAAACCAACUUCCAGUUGAGAGCAGCUGGCCAGAACAGUGGGGGUUAUUUGUGCCGAUGGUGGAGGGGGAGUUGGGGCUGGGGUCUUGCAGCAUCCGCUGCUGCGGCUCACUAGCUACUGGGAAUUGGUGUGGUACCAACACGAUGCCUUGUGCAGGGCACUACAGUAGCGCAGUACAGCUUGUAUGCUACUCUUGCGUGGUAGUAAAAAUUAAUGUCGGGUAAAUUGUUAGCUGCUCCAUCACAGGAAUAAAUCCCUCUAGCUCUAAGUGUAAGAAUAGUUACAGUUUUAAAUUCAAGGAAGUGUCUCAUUCCAGGCAAGGAAACCUAGAUGCAUUUCCCAGGCAAAAUGUAUUACGAGCCACGGACACUGUACACACUGUAACGGCAAUGCCCCGGGUUGGGCGCGUCUGGCUCCCUGACCAAAUGAAGUAGCGAGGAAGCUUGGCUGAGAAAAUAGAACUGUCAUACCAAUGAUUCCCUCUUUGUCCAUUGCUGGCAGUGGACUUUGUGAAACUCCUUGUGCCGGAGUUAAACUGGGAGCUUUUCUUUCUUUCUUUCUUCUUUCUCUUUUUUUUUUCUCCUUAUUUUUUUAUGGCACAAUCUAGGCAGUAAGAUACCUUGCAAUAAAUUUAAUUUUUUUAAAUAGAAAACCAAGAAAUCUUAAGUAAUUUUAACUUAUUAGUUCACUUUUCUUGGUGAAUGAGAAUGGUUUAAAACAUGUUACAAAAUUUGUCCGAUUUAGUCUACUUUGGAGAUGAUUUCCAGACUUUCAGCCGUCUUGGCACACAAAACUUGGCCCAGUCCAGAGGUUACCAAAACAUACCCCAGUGCCUGGCCGGGUGACCUGGAAGGUGCUUAGCUCUGAGGCUGAGACAUGCCCAUGCCCACCGCUCCCCCAGCAGCUUUGUUGUUGGACGGUGAGGUUCCUCUCCCCACUGCCAGAAAUCGGGGUCGGAGAUGGGGCUGGCAGAAGAGGAGAGCCGUGAGGAGGUUGCUGUGCCGUGCUUUUGUCUCGCAGUGUGGCGGGCAUUGGUUUUCCAGUGACGUCAGCUGCAUGUGUCUGCAGGAAUAAAAAAUGCAAGCCGUGUUUGGUUUUUUUCCCCUGAUGGGAGCAGAUCAGUGUCCUUAAGACUUGCUGCAGGGCUGUUCGACUCUGCUGUGUCACUAGGGCGGGCAGACAGAGACCAGCCAGAGUUUGUGUAGAUGACAAGGGAUUGCAUCGGAAGGUGCUGGGAUUCCUGUGUGUCUCACUUCCGUGUGCCAGCAUGAGAUCCUGAGUCAGGAUCCAAGAUGCGUGGGGUGGUAUGAAGCGCACCAUGCGUGGCGUGCUCGGCUGGGGGGGUGUGCAGCUGGGCAUCUUGUGGCAGAGACGCAAGUGUGCAGGGAACGUGUGACUCCUGGGCUUUGCUUGUUGGUGUAGAAUAAACCGGGCUCCUCAUUAAAGCAACCGUGGCGCUGGGAACGUGCACUUUGACCUGCCUUAGGUGUUAAUGAGACUAAUUGUAGGCUUCAUCCUGGCUCUCCAGUGCAGGGAGGUGCAAAAGUGUAGCUGGAGCAGAUGGGAGAGGCUGGGUCCCUUGGUCGGAGGGGUGGUGGGUGGGCUGGGGAGGAGGCAAGAGGGUUGUUGAGGGUCUCCAGCUGGGGUUAAAUAAUUAAAUGUCUCUGGUCUGUUCUUCCCUCUGUUCCUCACGCUGUCAAUGGAGAUGGAAGUAGGUGCAAGCUUUCUUUUUAUUUUUUUAACUGUCUUCAGAUUUUAAUGUUGCCUUUUGUGUAAUUUAAUCCCAUUAUGUUAUUUAAUUGUUACUGCAAUAUUAACUACUGUAUUUGUUGACUUUGUUUAAUAACUGUUCUUUCAGGGCUAGAAAUAAACUUUUAAAAAACAUUUGGGGUUUUUUCCCCCCGUUCCCCAUCAUGAGUUUAUACCUUCUAAGACAAGACUAGCUGAAAAGAGUACAUGUUUAGAUGUCUUAAUGAGAUUAACAGAAUGUAUUUGUUUGUAAUUAAGCUUAUGAAUGCUUUAAUUACGAUGGAUAUAAUUUUAUGCUAUACUAGCCUGCCCUGUUUCUUUAUAAAUUUUUACUGCUCAUCGGUGCCUGUACCAGCCUCGUGGUAGCUGCAGGCUUUCCUUGCUGCCACGCGCUGCUGGUGGGCGGCUGUGCCUCCUGCAGAGCUCCAGGUCACCGACGGGAGGAGAGCAGCUCUGAAACACCCUUCUCACCCAACGGGGAAGCAAGGAUCCUCACCUUUCUUGCGAAGGGAGUAGAGCAAAGACCAGCCUAGUUCAUCACGGUCACAUCUUCCACCACCCGUUCGCUGUACGGUAGCCUUUUGGUAGUGCCUGGGGUGGGACUGAUGGGCCAGUAAACUGCCAUCGUGGCAAUGUGAUGAUGUUCCGGUAACUGUUCCAAACAAGACUGCUCUAUUGCACUGUGAAUAUCAUCCAGCAUUCUACAUACAAACGUGUGUCUGCACAGGCUACGUGGGGAAUGACCUGUCCCGAUGCCCACUCCAAAGGCAUGGCUCUUGGCUCUGCCCUGCCUCCGCUCAUCAGCGCUGGACCAGCAGAGCCGAAGGGUCAAGGAUGUAGCUCGCCUGGGACUUGGGACGAGACUGCUGGUGCCCGCUGGCUGGCUGCAGAGAGUCGCUUGUGUUUGUCAUUGCAACAGUAAAAAUGCUGUGGCGUGCUGGCGUGGCAGUCUAGCUACAGGAACGGACGUCUAAAUGAAUUUACUCUGGGGUUGAGAGCGGUUCAGUUAAGAUCCGGGUCAAGUUUCCGUCUUGGUUGCGAAUGUCGAGGACUCACCAUGUCGUGCAUUUCCCGUGUGUUAUUGGGAAAUUCUCUUCCCCUUUCUUGCAUGUUGUACAAGCUUUGCUCAUACCACUGACAAGGGAAAUGAAGAAACCACUCGUCUUCAGAAGCCUUUCCAACCAGACAUGAGAAUGUUGUUUUGCACAAAGCACUGUCUCUUCAGGUUAAUGAAUUUGUUGUAGUAUCUUUUGUCUUUAUAUAUAAUUGACCCUUUAUGCAUUUAAACUGAUGUUCUCUAACACUGCA